AUGCCUGCCGAUCAGGACUCCCUCUACGGGCAGCCCCGUUCGAAAAAGAACAAAACUGAACAAACCACCUCCUCAAGUCUCGCCUUCAGCUCUCAACUCUCUUCACUCAUCGCUCAAGAUGCAGCUUCCGCUUCGUCGCGUGGGCGCCAGCGUCCCUCCAAGAAUCCAAAGUCAGAUAUAUUUUCAAAGCACAACAAAGGCAGUCAGAAGCGCGCAGCUGCCGAUCUCGCAGAUGACAACAGAGCCCUCAAGCAAGUCCACAGGAGCACCCAGGACAUUGGCUCCGUCGACGCCAACACGCUUGGUCGGUCUCGACGCCGCAUGCAGGAAAAAGCACGCCUUUAUGAUGAUAUGAAGAAGGGACUACAUCUUGCCGUUGACAGUGAUGAUGAUGACAUACCGACUGAUCCAUCCGACCCGGACGCCUACCUUGCCCGACUACGACGUAAGGAGAAAGACGUAUUGGUUGAUUUUGAUCUCAAACAUGCAAACGAGGAGUCGCUCCAGCAAGAUGAGUCCGAUGACGACAAUGCAUCCAUUAUUUCCUACGAAGACGAAUUUGGCCGUUCUCGCCGUGGCACUCGUGCCGAAGCUGCCGAAGCUUCUCGCGCCAAGGAUGAAGAAGCAGGUGGCAAAGCUGCCCAAGAACGCUGGCGCCCUGCUCGUCCUGACAAUUUAAUUUACGGAGAGGCCAUUCAGAGUGAAGCCUUUAAUCCCGAUGCUAACAUUGCGUCGCACAUGUCCCAUCUUGCUGCUCGUCGUGACCGCUCACCUACCCCACCAGAGAAGAAGCAUUACGACGCCGAAGCAGAGGUUCGCAACCGUGGAACUGGAUUCUAUAACUUUUCCACCGAUGAGGAGGAGCGCAAGAAGCAGAUGGAUGAACUCCGGAUUUUGCGAGAGCAUACUUUAUUCAAGCGGAAAACGGUCGAAGAACGGAUGGCUGAGCGCGAGGCUCACAUACAGUGGCGACUCAAAGAGAUCAGGCGACUUCAUGACGAGCAGGUAGAGAGAUUGCGCCUAGAGGAGCUUGAGGCCGAACGCAAUCCACCCAAGCCAAAAGAAAAGUCUCCGCCUAAGCCUAAGCCACCCCCCACAAAACGGUUGUUCCCCAAGUCAGAUACCCCAUUUGACCCAACCACAUGCCCACUAUGGCGACGCUACAUGGUCACAGUAUAUCCUGACCCAGACGAUAUUGCCGAGUCUGCGAAGAACAAGGACAAAUCCUAG